AUGCCGAGACAUGACGGGAGCAAGAAGAGAACGAAGAGCAUCGCAAAGAUGGCAUACACUAACAACGAGGAAGACAACACACCGGUCAUCUCUGCCAUUGAGUCGGCCCGUGCGCACCGUCUAGAAAAAGGAGUUUACCAGCUCAUUCUCGCUCUUGCCAUCGGAUUUCUUGCCGGCUAUGCAGUUGCAAAGGCACAUUAG